AUGCCGGCGGAGGCGGGGCAGCAGGCGGACGGUGCGUGUUCCCACGGGAUGAAGCUCAGCUGGGACAUCAACGACCCGCAGAUGCCUCGGGAGCCAGCCCACUUCGACCGCUUCUGCGAGUGGCCGGACGGCUACGUGCGCUUCAUUUACCGCGGCGACGAGAAGAAGGCGCAGCGUCAUCUGAGCGGCUGGGCCAUGCGGAAUACCAACAACCACAACGGACACAUCCUCAAGAAGUCGUGCCUGGGCGUGGUGGUGUGUGCGCGGGACUGCGCCCUGCCCGACGGCUCGCGUCUGCAGCUGCGGCCCGCCAUCUGCGACAAGGCCAGGCUGAAGCAGCAAAAGAAGGCAUGCCCCAACUGUCAAGCUGCUUUGGAACUGAUCCCCUGUCGAGGGCACAGCGGGUACCCUGUAACCAACUUUUGGCGGCUUGAUGGCAACGCAAUAUUUUUUCAGGCCAAGGGAGUUCAUGAUCACCCAAGACCAGAGAGUAAAUCAGAGACAGAAGCUAGAAGAAGUGCUAUCAAGAGACAAAUGGCUUCUUUUUACCAACCCCAGAAAAAGAGAAUUCGAGAACCCAAGGCAGGAGAGAAUCAAGAUAACGGUGGCCAUUUCAGCAACAUACCUUCCCUGGAAAACCCCGAGGAGUUUGAUAUAAUUCCUGACACUGGCUUCCCUGUUCCAGGGCAGCCUUGCUUUUCUUUUCCAAACUCGGAUGCGUACAAAGCUACCUGUGACCUAGCUGCCUUUCAAGGAGAUGUAGUACCACCCUUUCAGAAAUAUCCAAACCCAAGAAUCUUUUUGCCUAGGCCGCCCUGCAGCUAUGAAUUGGCAGGCCCUGGUUACACAAAUUCAGGCCCGUAUCCCACCCUUUGUAAAGAUGCCAGCAGUAUUCCUGAUGACACAGACUGGGUUCAUCUGAAUGCGCUGCAAUACAAUAUCAACUCCUACGGCAGCUUUGAGAGAAACUUUGAUUUCACCAGUAAACAGCCUGGCUGGAAACCAGCUCUUGGAAAAGCUGACCUUGGGGAGAGCGCUGACCAUGGACAGUUCCAGGCCGUGGCCGCUCGCCCUUAUUACAACCCAGAGCUUCCCUGCAGGUACCUCACGACGGCCCCGCCAGCUGCCCCAGCCCUACAGACAGUAAUCACCACCACCACCAAAGUGUCCUACCAGGCCUACCAGCCUCCUGCUCUGAAAUGCUGUGACAAUGUGCGGGAAGUUAAGAGCCUUUCUGGCUGUAACUAUGAUUCUGAAAACACCCAAAUGUCCAUCUACCCGGAAGACUUGGACCUUCCAGCUACAGUCGCCAUGGCAGCCUCUCCAACAGCAUCACUUCCUUUGAAAAUUCCUGGAGAUUGCCGGGCCAUCAGACAUACUUUGCCUUUUCCUCAAGACUCAGCACCCUCCUGGACAGACGUAGCAGAGACAUGGGAUGUGUGUCCAUCUGCACCGGGGUCUACAAUUGGUUAUUCAGAGAGAAUCAGUCCGUUCUUUAGCUAUGACCAUGAGGACUUUUGA